GAGCACGUACCAGAUCACGUUCAAACAGAACGCAAUGGCUGGCGCGGAAGGCAGUGCAGACAAGAGGAGAACGCAUUUCACUUUUAUAUGGAAAAUUAAAUAUGCUGCGGGAAAAGAGUUCAUUAAAAGUCCAACAUUUAAGAUUCAGUCAAUGGAGAUGACUAGUUGGAAGAUAUGUUUAGCAUUCAGUUCACGUUGUAAUACUACAUACUGCUGGCUUAAAAGAGAGGAAAAAGAUGACGGACCAGAAAGCAUAGAAAUAGAGUAUGAAUUCUUUUUCCCAGAUGUCGUUCAAUUUUCUUUAUACAACAGAGCGGGUACGGAACAUUUUCGGAACAAUGAAUCAUCAGAAGAGUUAGAAUUUCCCUUAUUGUAUGCAAUAUCUGAUGAAGAUACAUACGAAUCCUAUUCGAGUGAUUUAUUAACUGUUGGAUGCCGCAUUUGGAGAACAAAUACUGAAAUAUCAAAAUCUGAAUUGUGCUUCGCUAGUAGUGAAUUCGGUGUACAAAAGCAUACAUGCAUUUGGGCUGUAAAAAAGUUCAGUUCCCUGUAGCAGGGAGAACAGAGGACCCGCAUCUUGAAUUCAACUGCAAAAAAAUUACAUACAAUAAGGGAAUUGAUCCUGACUCUUUCCUUAGACGAAGUGUGUGGCGAGGUGAGUGUAUUCAUUAAUUUGGAAGCACUUAAUUUAACGAAUAGUGUUAUGUUAGAGGCCUAUAUUGAUGUGUUAGAUGCCAAAGGAAUGGUUGUUCGAAGCAAUUGUUUCGAUGGAGAAUUCAAUAUUCAGAAGUCGAAACGACAAAUUUGUGUUAUUGAAAAGAGCGAUUUGAUGUCAAAUGCCGCUGUUUUGCUCUCCGACGAUGUGUUACUCUUGGAAUGUCAUCUCAAAUUUAUUCAUUCCUUUCUCGUCAGAAACGAAAUAGAAGCUUACAAAUUGAUGGAUUAUUCAGAAUCGAAAGCAGUUCAGUUAGGGGAAAGUGAGGCCAAUUUUGAUAAACUGAAUGUGAUAUCUGGCUGUCCUUUUAAAGAGAUUGUCAAUGAGUUUAAGAAUGAUGGAAUCUUGAGUGACGUCUGCCUCCGGGCUGACAAUACUUCCUUUCCUGUCCACAAGCUCAUCUUGAGCAGCCGUUCUCCCGUUUUCAAAGCGAUGUUUACCAAAGACAUGAAGGAAAAGACGAGCAAAUGCAUCGAUAUUCCCGACAUGGAUGCCGACACACUGCAUCAACUGUUGUUUUAUAUCUACGAGAAUAAAUUGCAAAAACUCACGUGGGAGAUGGCGGCAAAUUUGUUCGAAGCUGCGGAUAAGUACGAAAUAUUGGAUUUGAAAGAAAAAUGCUCUACUUUUUUAAUGGAUUUUCUCUCCGUAUCGAAUGUUUGUCAAACUCUAGUUCUUGCAGACAUGCAUCAUGACGAAAGUUUACAAAAAUCAGCACAAGAUUUUAUAUUGAAUAACUCAGAAAUCAUUUAUUCUGAUCGUUGGAAAGAUUUUAGACAGAAUUAUCCCAAAUUAGCUUUGGAAACAACAGAACAAAUUAUUUAUAAUAUGAAGCAUCCCAGUUGUUGAAUGCAGUGUACUUUGAUAAGCAACACGUUGAAACUUUUAAUGGUUUGUUUUUCUAUUAUAUCCAAAUACAUACGUUUUUAUUUCCCUUCUAUAUUUUAUUGAUGUUUAAGAAAUGUUUAAAAAUAGUAGAUGUGAUAUGAUGAUAUUUUAAGAUUAAGAUUGAUUUAUUGCAAAUUUCGAAUAGUUUUUCGUUUUUGACUUAAAGUUGCAAUUAUAUCCCAAUUAGAUUUUAAUUAUAUGAAUUUUAUUUCAUUCAAGAAGUUAUUGUAUGGUAAAAUAAAUAUUCAUCAAAAUUUUUGAUGCAUAUAUAAACAUCAUAAACAUAAUGUUGAAAAGCAGUUUUAUGGCCGAAGAGAGAGAGGAAAUUUUUAACUUCGUUUUAUUCCAUCCCAGGAGGCAUGAUUUAUGUACAAGUAGAAGCGCCGAGCACAUCAACACAGAAGAUACAAAAACGAAAUGAGGAAAGGUUAAUGAAAAGUUAAUUCCUGUGGUUAUAUACUGUGAGAUUUUGAUAGGGAUUUCUCUAUAUGUCGACCCAGUUAAGGUAAUUAUAGGGAUUUUUAAAAGAAUUCGUUUAGGUCAGCAAUUUUUUAUCCCUUCACUUGGAGCGUGUGAUCAGCCGACUUAAGCAUUUUUACAAAGCUUAUGUUGAAUUAAUUAAAGAGAAUAAGUGGAAUGAGAUCAGUAAAUAAGAGAAUAUUUUAGAAUGAAUUUGAUAUGGACUAAAUUAAACUGAAAGUUAGGAAAUUAAUUAAGUUUCAAUUAGAUUUUAAAAUAUCAUUACAUAUAAGUAGUGAGUUACUUAUGAAUAGAUGUGAUUUACGUAAGAAUUUAUUUAUCUCUGUAUUGUAAAACAUAUUGUCUGUAUUGUAAACAUUAGAAUCCACUUUUAUUCAAUAA